CACCAUUGUUGAGGGCGAUUUUAUCCAAUAGUUUGAUGAAUUUUCCAUUUUUUGUGAUAGUUUACGGUGAAAUAUAACGUUUUGUUUGAAAAGCUACAGUGAUAAGUUUUCAACAAACCAAAAUCAGAACUCCAGAAACUGUAACAGUGUUUAGUUCCAAAACGUAAAUGCGUUCAAAAUGUCACGCGAAGCGAGCAUCAGAUUCGAGAACAGUAUACCAUGCACGAAAUAAAUCCAGUUUUCUUUGAACUAAGUUAUAUAUGAGAGUGGAAUAAUAGUGUCCUUAAUUAGAAAUACACAUGGUAUGCAGUGGAUCCUAGCAACUUUGAUGAGCACACAUGAAAACGUUUCAGAAGUUUCUGUACACGUCGUAAGGGAGCGCAGUUACGCGGGCGAAGGCUUCAAAGUUGCCGGCAUCAUUAUGGUGGACUGAGAGAGUGUUUGUUGACGAUUUUGUGAAGAGUACGUGUUGUAAACAGUGUCGCGACGUCUCUGCGCACGAUGUCUGGUGGCUCGCAGCACAACCCUAACGGUCGGCAAUCACAAUUGGGCCCCGGUUGGAGCCCCCUGCAGAGAGCACUGACUCCUGACCCGACUAAAAUUUGUGACAAUAGACUGAUUAUGUUGAAAUAUUCUACCGCUAUCAAGAAUUUAAGAGUAUACACAUCAGUUACAGGUGGCGAAUUUCCUGGCGCGCGCUCCGCAGGUCCACUUGCCGACAGACAGAGGGGUCACGUGGCACACGCCGACUCCGCCCCCACACCUCUACCAUGUCCCGGCGCCUUCGCCCCCCGACCCAUUGCAGGCAAUGAAGACGGUCGGCAGCAACUCAGUGUUCCGGCACAGCGCCACGCCCCCGGAACUGUUCCGGCACACGCCGACGCCGCCCGACAAACAUCUCAUGAGAGUAUAGACAUCGGGAACCGACUUUGGUUUGUACUGAGUUUAGAUACGAUUGAAACCUUUUUUGAUGCGAAUGUACUUUCCAGACACACGCCGUCGCCUGGUGACGUGAAGACAGGCGCACCGGUACCUCAACUGGACUUGUACCCACACCUUGGACCCGGCAGAGAUAAGCUAGUACGCCCCGAGGAGUUGCUCGCGUACGCUCGCGUGGGCGUGGACUUGUCGCUGAGCGGGCGCGCCAACGGGUCGCCCGCCUCGCCCGCGCUGUCGGUACGCGACGCGCCCACCAUCAACAGCCUCAUAGCGCGCGCCGCCAGCAAGCCUCCCGUCAGGCCGGCGCACGCGCGCGUGGACGCGCUACUGGAGCGUCUGGCCCCCGCCCCCGCGCCCGCGCCCGCCCCCGCGCUCGCCCCCGCCGCCGCCCCCGCGCCCGCGCACGCGCCCGCCUCCCCGCUGUCGGUGAUAGUGCACCCGCGCGCCGCGCCCACGCCCUCGCCGCCCUCCUCCAACGAGGACUCGGCGGACUCGUGCGGCGCCCCUCCGGGCUCCAAAAGGAAACGGAAACCGGAGCGGACCAUCCGCGUGCCCUCCGCCCCCGCGCCCGCCGCCCCCGCCCCGGCCCCCGCGCCCGCGCCCUGCCCCCCGCUCGUCCCCUCCGAUGCCUCCGACCCUGCCCCCGCACCCAAGUCGCCCACCCCGCCCCCCGUCGAGAACGGCGACGCGCCCCACGCGAAAUCGAACGGACCCGAGAAGCCCCCCACUCCACCACCGCCGACGAGAAGAAAAACCAGAUCCGGAUCCGCGGAGACGAUAGACGAUAUCGCCGCGAUGAUCGCCAGCACAGACCGAGCCGAUCAUCCGGUCCCCGCACCGGCAGCGCCCGCGGAGCCCGUCACCGUCGACAAUUUGAAGAGCGUCCUAGCGAGUCCCGAACCGAAGCCCGAAGCCGAUAGAACGGAGGAGAUCCCGCAGGAGAAGCCGCAAGAGACCCCGCAGGAGCCUCCGGUCGAAGCGGCGGCGGCUCCGAGGAGGCGAAGCGCCCGCACUUCCAAUUCGGAAACGGCGAACGUUCCAAUCGAAUCGCCUUCGGAAGCGAAACCGGCCGAGCCGGAAACUAGCGGACCGACCACCGUUGAACCGACCGCGGCCAGCUUCGUCGAAGUCGAGAACCAGCUGGAGAAAAUGUUCGCCGGCAUAGAGAAGGAGGAGCCGACGGAAGAUGGGAAGCCCGAGCGACAGACAGCGAAAGCGAAGAAACGAAGAAAAUCAGCACCCACAAAAGGGGACAGGAAAGCGGCCAGGGUAGCGAGGAGAGCGUCCACAGCGGACGACGGAGCCCGCAGGAAGACGAACAGGAAGAAGGAAACUAAAACGAAGAAGAGAGAUGCGCCAGUGAAAGACGCUUAUGAUUCAGGAAGCAACGCGAGCUCGAGCCGAUCUAGAGGACCGUACAUACAGAUUCGUGGUCCCCGCGAUUCGCCACUAUCCGUGAGCGUUAUAAACGCGUCUACUGGCGAGGAGGAGGAGGCGGGCGUGAUCCGUCGCAAGGGCGAGGAGUUCCGCAACGGUCUGAGAGCGCGCGGCCUGCACGCGAGCACGCUGGGGCUGCGGUACGACGCGACCACGCCCGACGCGACCUGGAGGUGCGCCUUCUGCGAACGGGGACCUCACGCCGCGGGACUGGGGGACCUGUUCGGACCGUACACUAUUGACAACGAUGUCGAAGAGUAUAGUGAAGCGGUACUAAUUAAGUAUGUGGUCUCUUUCCAACCUCCUCACCAUGUUCAAUGGGUCCAACGACUCAGCUAUAAGAGGGUUCGGAUCUGUGGAGGAGGUCACGCGCCGCCGGUACAGCGGCUGCAGCGAGGUGUGGUUCCACGAGUCGUGCGGCGUGUGGGCGCCGGGCGUGGUGGCGUGCGGCGCGCGCGUGUGGGGCCUCGCGGGCGCGGUGUGGGCGGCGCGCGCGCACGCGUGCCCGCACUGCCGCCGCCCCGCCGCGCCCCUCGCCUGCACCGCGCGCCACUGCCCCGCGCGCGCGCAUCUGCCCUGCGCCCGCGCGCACCACUGGCUGCUGGACGAGGACACCUUCCGGGCACUGUGCCCCGCACACAAACCGCAGUGAACGCCGCCCGUGCACUGGACAUAAGUACAGUAGAUAAAGAUUUGAUUGUAAAAAUGAAUUAUAAUGAGCGAUCACUACAUGUGAGAGUGAAGAUAUUGACCUAUCGAACACUGAACGUCGCGUCUGAAUUGCACGAAGUGAUCGUAUACAGUGUUGCCGCCGUUCUGCUUCCUAAGAAUGCCACAAAGCAUAUCUGCUGA